AUGAGGCGGGAAGAGGAGGAAGAGGAGAGAACCAGGGCAAAUGCAAAAGGGAACUUACAGGUAAAGGAGGAGGAGGAGAUUCACGAGAUGGGAGAAUUGGCUGGCCCCUUUGUGAGUGCCAUGUCCACCCCGGUGCCCCACAACAAGGGGACCCGGUUUUCUGAGGCAUGGGAGUAUUUCCACCUGGCGCCUGCUCGUGCUGGGCACCACCCUAACCAAUACACCACUUGCCGUCUGUGUGGAAGGCAGGUGAGCCAUGGCCCCGGGGUGAAUGUGGGCACCACCGCCCUGUGGAAGCAUCUGAAGAGCAUGCACAGAGAGGAACUGGAGAAGAGUGACCAUGGUCAGGCAGGGCAGCGCCAGGACCCAAUGGCUCAAGGGCCCCAGCUCCCCAUGGGCAUUGAGGGCGACUGGGCCAGGCUCCUAGAGCAGGUGGGGACUCUGACUUUGUGGGCCAGUCAAAGAGAAAAGGACCUUCUUAGGAGGGAGAGGGCAGUGGAGUGGCAGGAGCAGGCCGUGGAAAGGAGAGAGUGAGCUGUGGAGGAGGUGGAAAGGGACACUCUGGAGAUGAAAUGGAAGGUGAGGGCUGAGAGCGAGGCCUGCCAGGGGGACAGAGACCAGCCUGCUGCAGCUCGCCCCUUCCACUUUGUUUAA